AAGACAACGUUCAUCUCCAAGAUUUCUCUCCAUUGUCGACCUUCACAAAAUAACUAUCUCUCUCUGUGUUGCAUGCGUUAGUACUUUCAAUGGCCACAGAACAAGAAUUCACACGCGCAUCACGCUUCUCACGUGACUCAAGCAGCGUUGGAUAUUACUCAGAAGAAGAUAACACGGAGGAGGAAGAUGAAGAAGAAGAAGAGAUGGAAGAAAUCGAAGAAGAGGAGGAAGAAGAGGAAGAAGAAGACCCACGUAUAGGGCUCACGUGCGGAGGAAGAAGAAACGGGUCAAGUAAUAACAACAAAUGGAUGAUGUUGGGUCGAAUACUUGACCCGAGAUCCAAAUGGGUUCGAGAAUGGAACAAAGUCUUUCUCCUUGUAUGCGCAACGGGUCUAUUCGUAGACCCACUUUUUCUCUAUACCCUAUCAGUGAGCGACACGUGUAUGUGUCUCCUCGUCGACGGUUGGCUUGCUCUUACCGUCACUGCCUUACGCUCCAUGACCGAUCUUUUGCACCUUUGGAACAUUUGGAUUCAGUUCAAGAUUGCUCGCCGGUGGCCUUAUCCCGGCGGAGAUAGCGACGGCGAUACCAACAAAGGAGGAGGGACACGUGGCUCUACGAGGGUUGCUCCACCUUACGUUAAGAAGAAUGGGUUCUUCUUCGAUCUCUUCGUCAUAUUACCAUUACCUCAGGUGGUGUUGUGGGUAGUGAUACCUUCUCUUCUAAAGAGAGGCUCUGUGACUUUAGUGGUGUCAGUUUUGCUUGUAACAUUCCUCUUCCAAUAUCUACCGAAAAUAUAUCACUCAAUCCGCCAUCUCCGCCGCAAUGCUACUCUCUCGGGUUACAUCUUCGGCACCGUUUGGUGGGGCAUUGCACUCAACAUGAUCGCUUAUUUCGUCGCGGCUCAUGCGGCAGGAGCGUGUUGGUACUUGUUAGGAGUUCAAAGGUCAGCGAAAUGUCUUAAGGAACAAUGUGAAAACACGAUAGGAUGCGACUUAAGGAUGUUGUCAUGUAAGGAACCGGUGUACUAUGGAACGACCGUGAUGGUCCUUGACAGAGCUAGACUUGCUUGGGCACAAAACCAUCAAGCUCGAUCUGUUUGCUUAGAUAUUAACACCAAUUACACAUAUGGUGCUUAUCAAUGGACCAUUCAACUUGUGAGCAGUGAGAGUCGGUUGGAGAAAAUCCUUUUUCCUAUCUUUUGGGGUCUCAUGACUCUCAGCACAUUUGGGAAUUUGGAGAGCACAACAGAAUGGUCGGAGGUUGUCUUCAAUAUCAUAGUUCUAACAAGUGGUCUUCUUCUCGUUACCAUGUUGAUUGGUAACAUCAAGGUAUUUCUGCACGCUACAACUUCAAAGAAGCAAGCAAUGCACUUGAAAAUGAGGAACAUAGAGUGGUGGAUGAAGAAGAGACAUUUGCCAAUAGGGUUUAGACAGCGAGUCCGCAACUAUGAGCGGCAAAGAUGGGCUGCUAUGCGCGGUGUAGACGAGUGUGAAAUGGUUCAGAACCUUCCAGAAGGUCUUAGGAGAGACAUCAAGUACCACCUCUGUCUAGACUUAGUCCGGCAGGUUCCAUUGUUUCAGCAUAUGGAUGAUUUGGUGCUUGAGAAUAUAUGCGACCGUGUGAAGUCUCUCAUUUUCACCAAAGGAGAAACAAUUCAGAAAGAAGGAGAUGCAGUACAGAGAAUGUUAUUCGUAGUGAGAGGUCAUCUUCAAAGCAGUCAGUUACUAAGAGACGGUGUCAAGAGCUGUUGCAUGUUAGGUCCGGGAAAUUUCAGCGGCGACGAGCUUCUCUCGUGGUGUCUCCGACGACCCUUCGUGGAGAGGCUACCGCCUUCUUCUUCAACGCUUGUAACACUCGAGACCACCGAAGCGUUUGGCCUCGACGCCGAAGACGUUAAGUACGUGACGCAGCAUUUUCGUUACACUUUUGUUAACGAGAAAGUCAAACGUAGUGCUCGCUAUUAUUCUCCCGGAUGGCGGACUUGGGCCGCGGUUGCGGUUCAGCUAGCUUGGCGAAGGUACAAGCAUAGGCUAACGUUGACAUCACUGUCGUUCAUAAGGCCGAGAAGACCAUUGUCAAGAUGUGCGUCCUUAGGAGAAGACAAAUUGAGGCUCUAUGCAGCAAUAUUAACCUCUCCUAAACCCAAUCCCGACGAUUUUGAUGAUUAUUGAUUGAACUAUUUUUUUGUUACGUUUGAUAUACCUCAAUUCUGGAACACUUAAGUGGUCACAAGUCUAAUAGAGAAAGCCAGUAAAAAUACUGUUAACAGAUAAGAGAUCAAGCUCCCAUUGGUUCGAAUGAAGGUAAUUUUUUUCCAAGUUCACUUCACACUGCUGCAAAUUCUAGCAGCACUCAUAUAAUCAAACCUUUAAUUAUUUUCUAAUUCACAACUAGAGGAUAGUCUCUCAGCUUGGUGAUGAAUUGCUUGACUCCCUAAUAGUAAAGCAUAUUUUUCACGAACCUUAUACUAAUCAUCUUAAUCAGGAACAAUAACAACUGCACAAAGGCAAAUAGAAGCAAAAUGUAACGAAACAACAUUUUAAGUCAAUAGCUUGUGCUUUUCACACUCCAUCAUCAGUGAGUCAACUCAAGGCUUUGAUGAUUCAUAAUUAUAUUGUGAACGCAUAACUCAUUCUCAAUUCGAAAUUACUUGAGGUGGAAUGUGGAAAGGGGCCGAGAGUUUAGUAAAUAUGGUCUUUUAGAGAAAAA